ACAGUCUAUUGACUUCUUUGUCUUUUUGGAUCAUGAAGUGGAUGAGAAUACUUCUGGGUGUUCUUCUCUUUCAUCUGUCUCUUUCUCAGUCUCCAAAAGUGCAAUAUGUCCUGCUGGUCCCUUCUGUUCUACAAGAAAGCUCUUUGGAUAAAGCUUGUGUCCAGCUUUUUAAUGUGACUGAGUCUGUUGUUUUGACUGUCUCCCUCAACUAUGGUGAGGUCCAGACCAAAAUAUUGGAAGAGUAUGUUACAGGAGAAAAUGUCUUCAGAUGCAUCAGCUUUGAGGUUCCUCAGGCCAGAUUGGACCCAGUGGCUUUCAUCACAUUCUCUGCUAAAGGAGUCACUAUCCAUCUGGAAGAGAGGAGGUCUGUGGCAAUCAGACCCAGGGAAAAUGUGGUCUUUGUGCAGACAGAUAAAUCCAUCUACAUGCCUGGACAGAAAGUGAUGAUUCGAGUUGUGUCUCUGGAUGAUCAUUUGAAGCCUGUUGAGGAAAUGUAUCCAGUAAUCACCCUUGAGGACCCACAUGGUAACCACAUACAACGGUGGGUUAAUGAAAAGGCUGAGAGAGGCAUCCUACCACUCUCCUUCCAGUUAAUUCCGGAAUCCACCCUUGGAUGGUAUCACAUCACCGUGGAGAUGGAUUCUGAAAAAAAAACAUACCACUCCUUCUCUGUGGAAGAAUAUGUGUUACCCAAAUUUCAAAUGACUGUGGACGCACCAGAAAAUAUUUUAGUUGUGGACUCUGAAUUCAAAAUUAAUGUCUGUGCUUUAUACACCUAUGGCAAACCUGUGGAGGGGAAAGUUCACCUUAGUGUGUGCAGGGCAUCUACUUUUUAUGGUUCUUGUGGACCUCUCAAUUCACUCUGUAAAAAUUUUACUCUUCAGUUGGGGAAAGAUGGCUGUGUCUCCCAGCUUAUUAACACAGAUGCUUUUGAGUUAAACCGAGAAGGAUACCGGAGUUACUUUGAAGUACACGCUGUUGUCACAGAAAGUGGAACAGGUAUACAGCUUACAGAAUUCAAGUACAUAACCAUAGACUCAUCAAUGGUGAAGAUUAGAUUUGAGAAUAUGGAGACAGUCUACAAACAGGGACUGCCUUAUUUGGGCCAGUAUAACAUCAUCUCCCCCUAUGAUCAGGAACACCGGGUUAUCUCUUCCUAUAGGAGACAAUUAGGAAAACCAACUGAGAUUAAAUUGCUUCAUCCUGACAACUCUCCCAUCCCAAAUGAAGUUGUCCAUUUGCACCUAAUGGACAAAAUUGUGGGAAACUACACCACAGAUAAAAAUGGUACUGCUCAAUUUUCCUUGGACACAUCUAAGCUUAUGUACCCAAACAUCACUUUGAAAGCAACCUACAAGGACAAUGAGAAUUGCCAUGCACAGGGUUGGGUGUUGCCUCAAUACCCACAGGCAGAGUACUUUGUGACCCGAUUUUACUCCAGGACUAAUAGCUUCCUAAAGAUUGUCCCAGAGAUGGAAGAACUGAAGUGUGACCAGCAGAAGCAGGUGACAGUGCACUACCUCCUCAACAUGGAAGACCUUGAAGACAAAACCUAUACAGUGAACUUCAAUUAUUUGGUGAUUGCAAAAGGCGUAAUUGUUCUUCAUGGGCAACAGAAAAUGGAGAAGAAAGAUGCUUCUAUGAAAGGAGUAUUUUCUGUACCUAUAGACGUUAGUGCCCAGCUAGCUCCUUCUGCAGUUAUGCUGGUCUAUAGCUUGCAUCCUGAAGGAGAAAUGAUUGUUGACACCACCCGAUUCCAAAUUGAGAAAUGCUUCAAAAAUAAGGUAUAUAAUCAACUAUAUUAUAAGGAACUAUAUGGCUAUUAUUUCAAAAGACUUAACUUAGAAGAUGGUCCAGUAGUUCCAUGUUUGAAAAAUGAACAAAUCCUUCAUCAAGGAAUUUAUUAUGAACCUGCGUUGGCUGACUUUGGAAAAGAUGCUUAUGAUCUUGUGAAGGCAAUAGGAUUAAAAGUCUUCACCAAUCCUCAUCUCCGGAAACCAGUGCUGUGUGAGGAUCCCAAACAUCCCGGCUAUGCUGAUGAAAAUUACUCAACUAUUGCUGCAGGACUAACAGAAUCAGAUUCUGAACGUGACUUUGGUGGAUUUUAUACUGAAACACUGAGGAAAUCAUUUCCCGAAACUUGGGUUUGGAAUCUUAUUACAACUGACUCCACAGGAAUAGCCAACCUUGGUCUGACGGUUCCUGACACCAUUACACAAUGGAAGGCCAGUGGAUUCUGCAUGAGUGACAAAAUUGGAUUUGGCAUCUCUCCAACCAUCUCCCUGACAGCUUUUCAGCCCUUCUUUGUUUCCCUCACUUUACCCUAUUCAGUGGUUCAAGGAGAAGCAUUCACCCUAAAAGCCACUGUGUUCAACUAUCUGAACAAAAGUGUUCAGAUAAAUACUGUACUGAAAGCAUCUAGUUUUUACCAAGCCAGAUUUCUCUCAACUAAGGAUGAAAAUGAUUACAUUAGUAGCAAUGAAAAAAAGUCCUUUACUUGGCUGGUUAUCCCACAUAAAGUCGGUACAAUCAACAUCACCAUCACAACUAAAACCCUGCAGACAAGUGGCUAUGUGAAUGGGUCAUCCAUGGUUCAUGAUAUUGGUUGGAAGGAUACAUUGAUCAAACCACUGUUGGUAGAGCCUGAAGGUAUUAAAAAGGAGGUGACACAAGGCUCACUUAUUUGCACUAAUGGAUCCACAAUAUCUCAAACAAUAACGUUCACUUCACCAGAAAAUCUUGUGAAAGACUCACUGAGAGCUUAUUGGUCUGUCCUUGGAGACAUUCUGGGUUCUGUCAUGCAAAACUUACAGAAUUUUCUCCAAAUGCCUUUUGGGUGUGGAGAACAGAAUAUGGCCUUAUUUGCUCCUAAUAUUUACAUCUUGGACUAUCUGAAUCAGACUGAACAACUGACAGAAGAGAUAAAAUCCAAAGCUAUUGGAUAUUUGACUGCAGGAUAUCUGAGGCAGAUGUCUUAUAAAAACUCAGAUGGAUCAUAUAGUACCUUUGGACAUACAGAUCAACAAAAAAAUACAUGGCUCACAGCAUUUGUAUACAAGUCAUUUACACAGGCCAAACGCUACAUUUAUAUUGAUGACAAAGUUCAGUCUCAAACCCUUAUUUGGCUCUUAAGUAUUCAGGAAUCAGAUGGCUGCUUUAUAAACUUUGGCGAAGUCUUCAACAAUGCUUUGAAGGGAGAAGAUAAUGAAAUCUCCCUCACUGCAUACGUCAUCAACGCUCUGCUCGAAGCUGGUCAUCCAGUCUCAUUUGUGGCAAUUCAAAAGGGCCUGCAGUGCAUAGAGGCCGCAUCUAGGAGGAGAGCUGUUACCACUUAUGAUCAGGCUCUUUUGGCCUACACUUUCAGUUUAGCACACUAUGAAGACAAAAGAGAAUUCUUCAUCAAUGAGCUGAGUAAAAAAGCAAAGAGAGCAGGUGGCUCAGUGUACUGGGAACUGGAAGAGCAAUUUUCCGUGGAAGGUUCAUCCUCUUUCUACUACCCUCAGUCUUCCUCUGCAAACAUAGAGACGACCUCUUAUGGCCUACUGGCCCUUCUUUCCAAGUCGAGGCUGACUUCAGAAGAGCUGUCCAGUGCUUCACAGGUUGUGCACUGGGUAGCAAAGCAGCAAAAUUCCUAUGGAGGUUUCUCCUCCACAAAGGAUACUGUUGUGGCUCUCCAAGCUCUAACUCUAUUCCAAAGGCUUACUUAUUCUAAGAACAGACAAAAUUUUGUGCAAAUUUCUUCUGACAAAGCAUUCAAUAUGGCCUUCCAAGUGAAUGAAGAGAACCGAUUGCUGCUACAACAAAUUCCAUUGCCAGAAAUUCAGAAAAACUACACUGUGGAAGUGAGUGGUGAUGGCUGUGCAUACAUGCAGACAACUCUGAAAUAUAAUAUCCUACUGCCUAAGAAGUCAUCUGGGUUUUCCCUUUCUGUAAAUACAGCCAAUGUUUUCUGCAGAGGAUUAUUUGACAAGUUUGAUCUUGUGGUUUCAGCCAGUUAUUCUGGAAGACACAGCUCUUCCAACAUGGCAAUCAUUGAUGUGAAAAUGCUUUCAGGAUUUGUACCUGAUAAAUCUUCAGUUAAGAAGCUUCAAGAAGAUGGCAAAGUACAACGCAUAGAAAUCAAAACCACACAUGUGUUCUUUUACUUGGAGAAUGUUACUCAAAAGGAAAUUCAAUUAUCAUUUUCCAUUGAACGAGAUGCACUUGUAUCUAACACCAAGCCUGCAUCUGUUCAGCUCUAUGAUUACUAUGCAACUGAUGAAUUUGCAGUUGCAGAAUACAACACACCAUGCAAACAGAUAUCUUUUGAAACCUCUUAGUUGUCAGAUAAGGGAACUGUGAUGGAAAGGAAGAGGACACAUUGGAACUGGGCUUUAUAUUAAGAGAGCAUUUCCACUGUUCCAAACAACAAAAGGUUUGGAAUCUUCAGAAUGCUGCAGAUGUUCAAGUUCCCCCUCCAACAGCAUCCUCCCUCAGGCACUCCACCACCAGCUUCAUGCCUUCUGCCUGACGACCUUCUCUGGAGUUGUGGUAGCCAGUUUAGCCUGUGUACAAUUGCACAGGCUUAAUGUUCCAAGAGAAAAACUUCAACCAGCAGACACUGAAACCACUGGACAUAUGCUCCUACCACCUGCUUUUACUCGGGGAACUCUGGGGCCAUUCCACAUGCUUCUGGUGAAAUCCCCUUGAAAAUCAACAUUUCAUUUUCUCAUGAAGCAGUCUCCAUAGAAAAUUCUUAAAUUAGCUCUUUUCCUUUCUUGCACCAUCUCCCUGAUCAGGGAAUGAAUUAUCCGCACUCAAGUCCUUACCUCAAAUUCUGCUUUCAGAGGAAAGAUAUCACAUAUCACUAAAUACCUAUAUAAAAUGUUUUGUUAGGUAUGGAAUAUCUGUAGGUGUUGUUAAUUUAGUUCUAUUGUUUGUUUUUUAAAUAUUUUUUCUGGGAACUGUAGAAAAGUAGGUAUUUGCAAUAUCUCAAUAUAAAUCUGGUUAUUUUGACAACUAUUAUUGAGUAAAACCUGACAAGCA